AUGUCGCAUCACCACGAUCACAGCCACGGUCAUGAUGAAGAGCAUGCCGAAGGGCAUAAUCACGUACACGAUCACUCAGACGACAUCGUACCCGCACUACAGAACCUGCUAUACGAGCAGAUCGACUUCUCAAAGCUGCAGACGCUCAAUGAGGAGGAGGCGAGUUCCGGGCGCAAGAUAUGUCAAAAGACAUGGGCGCAGCGCAUGGAGUUGGAACCAGAGCUGAAAAGCUUCGCGGACGAGCAACUACUGAUGACUGUGCCGUUCACGGGACAAGUCCGUCUCCACAGUAUUCUCAUCCGCACCACGCCCACCGAUUCCUGCCCCAAAACCCUCAAACUUUUCAUCAAUGACGACUCCAUCGACUUCAGCACCGCCUCGGAUAAGCCGCCGACGCAGGAACUUUCCAUCUCACAGACGGCCGAGGUCCAGGAGAUACCCGUCAAGCGGGCGCUGUUCAACACGACCCGUAGCUUGACGCUGUUCUUUGAAGAUAAUUGGAGCGAUGGCGAAGAGGAUGUCACGACAAUAAGCUAUCUGGGUUUCAAGGGAGACUUUAUGAAGCUGAAUAAGGAGCCCAUCAGCUUCUUGUACGAGGCAGCUGCAAAUCCGGGAGAUCAUAAGAUGGUUGCCGGGGUGAAAGAGGGGCUGGGGCGUUCGAUACAGUAGA